ACCCUCCAAAACCCACGAUAAGAGAAAUCCCCCCCACUUGGAAAGGCAAACAACACACCACGCAGCACGCCGCACCACCAAGUGCAUUAUCACCAACCUCCCUGACCGAAUCACCCCUCUUCUGGCAAAUAUAAUUUUCUGCCCAACGGCCUCUUCUCUCUUCAGUAUUUCUUUUUCCUUCAUGGGACAUUUGAAGCAACAAGGCGGCAUCCAUUUGAUGCGUUGACCAAGACACACAAAAUGGCCUCCACCACCAAUCACCCCAGACCGCCUCAGUACCACAACCCAUCCUGUCUGUCCCCACAACAACGCACACCCCGCCUCAUCACAGCGCUUUCUUUCCUCCCCGCCCUGCCGCUGCUGAUUGCUCAUGGGGUGAUUUCCCAGAAUGCCAUUCCUGCUGUUGGGCUCGCGCCGCUUUUUGUUUCGGCUUGCGUCGGUAUUUUUAUUUUGCUGCAGCUGAAGAAGAAGGAGAGGAGGCAGAAGAGGGCGGUGAGUGGGGAAGGGUAUGGGGAUGAUAUUGAGGGGCAUGGGAGACAGCAUGGCCAGCACGGCCAUCGCGGGAGGAUCACGCCUUCUGAUGAUGACGAGGAUGAGGCAGAAGAGAAAGACUCUGUGUUUACCCAUCGGAUACUAAUCUUUUUGGUGGAUGCUGGCUUGGCGGCUGGGUUGUUGGUUGUGUUGGGGUUGACGGUUAUUGAGACCAUCACCGGAAAGCCUUAUCAUCGUGGCAAGCCUGCGGAGGAGGGUGGCGAUGAGGGCGAUGUGCCGAAACCUGAACCUGGGCCUGAGGUUGUUGAUGAUCUGAGAAGGGCGGAGUUGGUGAUGCUGGCUGCAUAUGGAACGAUUCCUUUGCUGGUCAACUUUGGCAUCCAUUUCUACAUGGCAAUCAGGGAGCUGAUUGCUGGCUUGGCUAUUCAUGGCUUGAUCCAGUACACCGCUUGGCAAGUUCUUGACCCGGACUGCCCGCACUGCGGUGGCAGGUUGAGGCCGGAGCACACGCCAGAUAUCCCAUGGUAUGAGACGGUUUCUGCGCCUUCCUUCGCAGUGCCAAGCGUUGCGUUGCCCGAGGUUCCUGCUCCGAAUGUCACAAUGCCAAAGUGGCAGUGGAAGACCCCGUCUUGGCUGUCGAGAAAGCAGAGCGAGGACUUCUCUGGCGCAGACCCGGAUGCCAGGCUGUUUGUGGACGAUGGGGACAGGUAUAGGGACGAUACCACUGAGGACGAGGCAGCAUCCACGACUGGCAUUGUUGCUGGCACUGCAUCCGUGGGCCCAGGCCCUGUUGUCGAAGAGGUCGUGAAGGGGAAGAAGGACAAGAAAAAGAGGUCUUCAAGCGGUUCGGGGUACUACGAGGAUGAGGCCGGGUGGCCCUAAGCUAAAACAGAGUGUAUUGAGGAGUUGAUGGUGGAUGGUGGAUGAGUUGCGCGGUGUUGAAGCGUGGGAGCUGGAGGGAGGUGGGCUGCGUAGCGAUCAGCUGGUGUGAGCAGGUAGUCUGAGUUUGGUGGAUGUCUUUUUUAGAUACCCUUGUUUGCUGUUCUUGAUUUCGACGGAAAUAUACGGAGUAGGAGUUGCUGUUCUCAUGAUCCGAUGAAAA